AGUUGAUGAUCACUUGGGUCAAGAACUGUUCUGGAAGGAAAUGACACCAAAACCUGCAGGCAAGACUUCUUGUAUGUCCAUCAAGUUAUAUUUAAUAAAAUAAUUUCUUGCUGGAAGAUGCACAUGUAUUAAUGUUUAAAUGGGUAAACCAGAAAUAAAGAAAAAUCCACUUUUUUGGUUAUCAUAAUACCAUAAUACUUGUCUAGAUAAAAACUUUCUACUAAGACUAGACAAACCAGAUGGGUUUGAAAAUGUUCUAAUGAACAGCACAACACUAAGAUAUUACAAGAUAAGAAAACUACGCAAAGGCAUUAAAUGUAUCUCAUUGCUUAAAUUAAUUAUAAACUAAGAGGCUUAGUUAGACUGAGUCUAACUGAAAGUAGGAUAGAGUGCAGAUAUAAAUAGAAGGCCCCAUUCCACACUCACAAGAAUUUGUACACUACAAAGUCUAAUGCAGAAAUUUGACAGAAUGAAUAAUAAUCAAUUAAUCAACACAACUCAUCAAUAUUUCAUAUGAAUGAUUGAAUUUACAUUAUGAAGAAAAUUGUGUAAUCUUGAAUACCUCAGGAAGCAUAGUCCUGACCAUUGUUGGGUCCAUCAUUGCAGUGGUUUCAUUGGUUUUCAUCGCUGUUGCAUGGAUUUGUUACAGGUAAGUCUAAAAUAAUUUUAAUUUGACUUAACAUAAAGGGAUAUAUGACCGAAUGGUCAUUGAACUCAAAUUAAAACUUGAAGUACUAAAUUGCCUUAUCAAACAUAUAAUAAAAAGCAUAUACACAGACCUGUUUACUUUUACGAUUUUGGCGUACAAUGUACGAUUUUGAGGUGUAUACCUACAUUAUAUAUACUGUAUGUUUAUUUUUCACUAUUAAGAUAAUGUAUUAAACGAUUUUUUGAUGAUAUUGUACGAUUUUAAGAGUUUGAGGGUAAACAGGUCUGUAUACACCAUUUCUUGAUUUAAUUAUAUUUUAUUUUUAAAAUUCUCUAAGUAAUUCUGUUCUAAGAACAUUAUUCAUUGGCCUUAUAGGUUUUAAUUUCUUCUUUUUGUUUUGCAAGAAAUCUGUAAAAGAUUUAAGAAUAUCCAGAAGUGAGCCAAGCCUGAGCUCACAUUUUUAACUAAAGUAGAAAAUACAAGCAACAAAGCUUGUUUCAGGCUCAACAAUUUAGUUUCAAAGUUUUUUAAAUGUUACACAAUUUUUGGAGAAGCCCUUUUUAAAAUAAAGCUCUUAUUUCAAGGUCAGUUGGCCUUAGUUUGACUCAGUCUUGUUUAUAAUAAGUUUGGUUAUUAAUGUAGCUACUCCAAUUACUAUCACAAUAAAUGUGAUGAAUGAUAUUUCUUCAUUUUAACAUAGACGAUGCCAGAUUUCAAGAAAAAGGACAAAAGAAAUUCAAAUAGAGGUAAAAAUUUAUUUUAGCAAAUAGAUCACUUAAUGGCAUCUUUCAUGUGAAAAUGGAAAACAUUGAUAAUUUGAAAGAAAAAAAAUUCAAAUGCUUGUUAUAAAACAAGAAAUAGAGUAAAUUAAGAAAAAAAAGAAAUAUGAAAAAAUGUUUAGAUUUAUGUUUUAUUCAGAAAUUAAAUGACAUAUGAUUAAAUUUUAGAAAAUAACUUGCUUCACAAGAUUCUCAUCCUAACAUUCAGGAUGACCAAACAAAUAAUGGGAAUGUGGCUGACAGCCCAUCAGCUGUCCAACAGAAAGUUGAUGACUCAUCAGACAGCAGAAGUGACACUGAUAAAAAAGCAAAGAGAGUAGAGAUGGCACAACAAACACAUAGUUCAAGGACCAUUGUAAAUAAAAUAUCUGCCCAACUAAACACAUCUUCAAAUGAUGUCAGUGAUUUAUGUGAGAUGUACAGCUUCCUUAGUAGGGGCUCAUCUCCAAAACAUGGAAUUUCUCUAGCCUCAAUUUCCACCGAGCAAAGUCAAGAGCCCAUGCCAUCUUACACCAGAAUUGCUGCCAAUAGUUUCGAUGAAGGAGAAAAAAAUAGUUACAAACAGCAAGAGGUGUCUACAGGAGAUGUUGACACGAAC